AUGGCCGGCUCAAAUAAGCGUCGAGUUUCUUUCCACGACAGUGAAGUCGCCACCCGUAAAUUAAAACAAGGCCCAGCAACCGAACAUCAAAAGUCCGACACCGCCAACGUGUCCGACCCCGCUCCAUCUGUAGUCUCGAUGGACACUGAUAGCCCUAAUCUUGAAAAAGAUACCGCUACAUCUAAACCAACCGAAAAAGAAGCCGAACCACUGUCUCAACCCGAAGGUGUCGCAGGGAUUCGAAAUUCACCAUCAGCCGAGGAAUCCAACAGGCUGCUCCAGUUAGAGUGUUACCCACCCCCGGGAACCCUUCAGUAUGAAGUGGUAAACCCUAAAGUUGAAAAAGAGGGAGCGCACUUUGCAAAAUUUGCUUGGUUGCCGUUGCAUAUUCGCUUGUGGGCUCAGCACUACUUAGAGGAUCACAUUGAGCAAUGGGAUGAUGCGGCUCGUUGGUUGAUAGUGAAGGUGUUACAACCUGUUUCCAGUGCGAAUGAGGGUGGUGAUUUUUUGAUGAUCCCUAAGAUGCUCGAUGCGUGGAUAAGUAAACCUGUUAUACUCGGACGUAAUGUCAUAACUAUUCCAGUAGGAAGAGACGAAAGCAAACAGUUUUAUUUAGUCACACUAGAAAGUCUUAAGGCUAGAAAAAGACUGCGUGAAUUCAAACGUUUGGAUCGGGGAGUAUACAUUGGAACUGCCGACCUACCGGGUACAUUGUUACUCUUUGAUGUCGUACUGAAGGAUCAGACGAGUCCAAAGAUGGAAAGCCUCCUUGUGGGAAUCAAAGGGUUGCCAGAGCUAGCAUAUAAAAAUUGGGUUCAGGGCUGCUUAAUGUCAGUGCGACAACGAGCUUCUAAUGAUCCGUGGGACUGGGAGGGCAUAUUUGAAAGAGAUUUCAAUAAACCUGAAUGGUCCGGAACGGGGAAGAGGAUCGUAGAAGUCCAGUUCUCCGGAGAAAAGAAUGUUGCAAUGGAUGACCUUCUCUCGAGAGGGAAGUUCAAACAAGGUUCAGCGAAAGUAAAGGUUCCUACGGGAGGGAUUAACACCGAGCCGAGAGCACAACCAAAGGCGAAGGAGGAAAAGUCGAACGCGUUUGCUAGAGUGUUAGAUGAUUAA